GAUCGAGAUCGCACGGCUCACAAGCCCGAUCGCCACGGCGCGUGGGCAGAGCCGCAUCGCCAGGAGGCGGGAGCAGCCCAGCCCGCCGCACCGACCGAAUAAUCUCGGCAGCGUCCGUAGCGCGACGUCCAAAGCCCUAAACCCCAAUCAAACCUCGAGGAAUCGUACGCAUCGGCAACCAUGGCGGCGUCCCCGUCCCCCCCCGCCCCAGCCACCGGAGUUGGCGACCGGAGCUCGACCGCCCUACUGCCGUCUCCCCACAUCACCAACUUCUUCGGCAAGUGCUCCCUGUCUCUCCGCUGCACACCGAUUCGGAUCACUACCUUCCCCGGUUAUGCUUUUGCCUUCCAAACUCUGGAUCUUCGGUGGUAGAUUCGGCUAAGAUCAAGCGUUGCGGUUUUGGGUGACUACGAGAUACAGUGGAAAUAGAGGGUUCUCACGUAUGGAGGGAAUUUGUGUGGGGAGGAAUUGCAGGCGCAUUUGGAGAAGGCAUGAUGCAUCCAGUUGACACUCUGAAAACAAGGCUUCAGAGUCAGGCUAUUAUGACAGGGACUAAGGCUCAGAUGAAUAUAUUUCAAAUGGUCAGGACAGUAUGGGCUUCUGAUGGUCUGAGAGGUUUUUACCGAGGAAUCAGCCCAGGUGUUACUGGAUCACUUGCGACAGGUGCUACAUAUUUUGGUGUUAUUGAAUCAACUAAGACAUGGUUGGAGAAUGCUAAUCCUAAUCUAAGUGGGCACUGGUCACAUUUUAUUGCUGGAGCAAUUGGUGAUACACUUGGAUCUUUUGUAUAUGUUCCUUGCGAAGUCAUGAAACAAAGAAUGCAAGUCCAAGGCACUAGAAAAUCUUGGCAAUCAGCUGCUGCUAAAGGAAGUAUUUCUCAUACCUCUGGGACUCAGAUGUAUGGUUACUACAAUGGAAUGUUCCAUGCUGGUUGUUCUAUCUGGAGAGAUCAUGGUCUGAAGGGGCUUUAUGCAGGAUACUGGUCUACACUUGCCAGGGAUGUCCCUUUUGCUGGUCUAAUGGUCACUUUCUAUGAAGCAAUGAAAGAAUUGACUGAGUAUGGGAAGAGGAAGUAUUUGCCCAACAGUGAUUUGGAUGUCAGCAACUCCUUUGAGGGACUUGUUCUAGGAGGAUUGGCAGGCGGAUGUAGUGCAUACUUGACAACCCCCUUGGAUGUGAUCAAGACAAGACUGCAAGUACAAGGAUCAACAACUCGGUACAAUGGGUGGCUGGAUGCUAUUACAAAGACAUGGACUUCCGAGGGAGUGCGUGGCUUGUUCAAGGGGAGCGUCCCUAGGAUAAUCUGGUAUAUACCUGCAUCAGCAUUCACAUUCAUGGCCGUGGAAUUCCUAAGGGAUCGUUUCAACGACAAGGUUGAUACAGAUGGCCGUGAACUAGCCACCCUGUCUAUCGACACGAUAUCAGAAGUUGAGGAGGCUGCCUAAAUUCCUUCGUGGUAGAAUUUACCCGGAGGAAAUUUUUGUCUUCUGUAGCAACAAAAUUAAUUUCUCUGAUGUAAAUUGUCAGCUAAGCAGAACGUCUGUAUCUACCAGAAGGAAACUAACCAUCUCAUCAUCCUUCAAGUCAAUAACUUUUGGAGUUAGGAGAUCAGGAUUCUUGGUUGGAACUA